AUGGUUUGGCCGUUCAGCAGCAGCAGCAGCUCAUCGGAUUCGGCUUCACAGGCCACCACACCGCUGCAGCAGUCCACAUCGAUGACCGAUAUGACGGAUGCAGCAAUGCCUGGCAUCGAUUUCAGUAGUACUGGUGGUGCUGCUAGUACGAUGGGCACGGAUACAGCUAGCAAAAUCGGCUUCGAUAAAUACCCAGUUUUUGCGCUGGAUCAGCUGAAGCAUGCUGGUGUACCGUUUGAGAAACAGCUUUCACCAUAUCUCCAGAUGGACCCCUCAGUAUUUCGUGAAUCGACACCACAGUAA